AUGGAAGGUUCAAAUUCUGAAACGCCCCAGAAUAGGGCAAACUAUGGCAAUGUUGAGAAUGAAGGUAUUAUUAUGUGUUUCGGAAGUUUUGGGUUGCAUGAGGACGGGAAUACGAGGUUUCAAGCAAGUAGUUCUAAUAGUAACAAUGGCUUCCGCAUCGCUUCAUCUCAAACUCCAAGAGAAAAUAAUUCUAAUGACAGACUAUCAACGAACUUGGUCCCAGAUCAUUCCAAUAUCUGGGCAAACCAUGAUUUUACUACUCGAGGGAAGAAACUUGUUGAAGAUUUGCAGUCUGGUCCAGAAAAUUUUGCUGGGGGUUCAAUAUUGAGCAUCAAUACUCUCGCUGGAUUUUCAUUUACCCCAAAUUCUGUCAACAGAAGAUCAAUAUUGAAUGAUUACCAAAGUUCAAGGACCACGACCCAAAAUCAGGGAAUUGAAAGAAAUUCACCUUUCUCACGUAAUGGAUACUACCCGAACCACGAUCAAAUAAAUUCCGGCGGUUUGUGGAAUCAGAAUGUUGAACUACAUGGUAGUAGAUACAACCUUUACAGGACUGGUACAACUCAAUUCCCCUCAAAUCCCCUGCAAGAAAUUUUGGACGAGAGAAAUCAGAAUCAGAACCAGACACAAGUAACACAUGAUGAAGUUCCCGAAUCUAUUUUCAAGCUGAUGACAGAUGAACAUGAACAUGUGGUCUUCGGAAAGCUAAUCGAAGAAAGCAACGACAGAAGGUUGCAUUCCUUCAUCGUGAAGGCCUCGUUGAACAGCAAAUUGUUUAUAAAUGCAGCAUUCUGUAAACAUGGUGCAAAUUCAAUUCAAAGGCUAAUCAAAAAGGUCAAGAAGACAUCUGAGGCCUUCAUGCUGACAAGAAUUCUAUCCACUGGAUUCUAUGAAUUAAUGACUCACCAUAUAGCCCGACAUAUACUCUAUGAACUAGCAAUAUAUUACUUCCAAGAACUGGCCACCCAUGAAGUGGGAUGUAUAUCCUUGAAUGAAUGCAUCAAUAGCAUCAGUGGUUCUCAAAGAACAACUCUUCUCGAUCAUAUUGCAAAUGUGGCAGCUUACCUGUUAAACGAUCCUUAUGGGAACUAUGUUGUGCAGCAUGUCCUCGCUCUUAGAAAUGCAUCUGUUACUGAUAAAAUACUGCAUUGUCUCGAAGGUCAAUUUAUACAUCUCGCCCGGAUAAAGGGAGGCAGUCACGUUGUAGAGAAAUGCAUAGAAUUUUCUGAACGCGGGAUGCUAUGUGUUAUUAAAGAAAUUUUAGACUGUCAAAACGCACCUUCUCAUCUUGCUUGA